AUGAACAUACUAUGGUAUGGUGUAGCGAUACUUGUUUUAUUAGAGAAAGGCGUCAACGGUCAUGGAAGGCUCAUAGAACCGCCGUCUCGGGCAUCGGCAUGGCGUUACGGAUUUGACACACCACACAAUUAUAAUGAUCAUGAAUUGUAUUGUGGAGGAUUUUCUAGACAAUGGAAUAAAAAUAAUGGCAAAUGUGGUGUCUGUGGAGACGCCUGGGAUGCUCCAAAGCCUCGCCCCCACGAGUUAGGAGGCAGAUUUGGCAAAGGCGUGAUCGUCCGUCGAUACGCUCCGAAAGAUGUCAUAGUAAUAAAAGUGGAAUUAACAGCAAAUCACAACGGAUUUUUUGAGUUCAGAUUGUGUGAUGAACCGAAGGGUACAAAUCAAGACUGCAUGGAUAAACACACCUUACGAUUGGAGGGAAAAGAUGAAACAAAGUUCUACCCACGUGAGGGAAAUAAAGUGUAUGAAAUGAAGUAUGAACUUCCUGAAGGUUUAGAAUGUGCUCAUUGCGUGAUGCAAUGGAGAUAUAUCGCUGGAAACAAUUGGGGUACAUGUGCAGAUGGAACGGGAGCAGUUGGCUGCGGGCCUCAGGAAGAAUUUAGAGCAUGCGCUGACAUAGCAAUAGGCAUAAACUUCACUACUACUACAACUACAACUAAAAGGCCAAGGCCACCAUAUGUUCCACCGAGCAGAAGACCAUCAGUACCAACUCCAGAAGAAUCUACUGGAAGUGCCUGGUAUGGCCUUCUCAUCGCACUACUCGCACUUUUCAUUGCAGUCAGCGUGCUGGCGGGCAUUUACCUGUAUUAUUACAGAGGAGGCAUGAGGAUAAAGAAUCUUUUAAAAUCAAAAGUCCCCCCACCUGCUCCCGUCCCUCCUCCUAGACAUAAAAAAAUGUCUCUUUCAAGGGAACACCCACCAGAAAUAUCUGCCCCUAAAAUAAUACCUGAGUCCGGUUUCGAAACAGUAGAUUUAAGAGCAAAA